CGGGGCGCUGCUGGGGGGGAGGGGAGAGAAGCCGGUCACUAGGGCUAAGUAACGCCGCGGGCGGCGGCAAGGCCUUGUGUGGAGCUGAGCGCUCUGGAGGGGACCUCGUCCUCUGCACAGUCCAUAGUCAAAGGCUUUCAAGGAGCCAUGGAUAAGAGAGGGGCUAUAGCAGAAAUUGAAAAUGGGGACACUUUCCUUGACUUGAACAGAAUAACAGUAAAAUCUCAUCGUUACACAAAAGAAGAACUCUUGGAUAUUAAAGAGCGUCCCCACUCUAAACAGAGGCCUUCAUGUCUUUCUGAAAAAUAUGACAGUGACGGAGUGUGGGACCCUGAGAAAUGGCAUGCAUCUCUGUACCCAAGUUCAGGGCGAACCUCACCAGUGGAAGGGUUCAAAAAAGACUUGGAUUCAGACCGGACUUCUCUCAUGCGCAGGAUAGUUGAUCCUAGGGAGCGGGUGAAAGAAGAUGAUUUGGAUGUAGUCCUAAGUCCCCAAAGGCGGAGCUUUGGAGGAGGCUGCCAUGUGACUGCAGCUGUCAGCUCACGUCGAGCAGGGAGCCCUUUGGAGAAGGAGAAUGAUGGUGUUCGUGUUGUUGGUGGACGUAGGAUUGGAAGUGGAAGAAUCAUCUCUGCCCGCAAUUUUGAUAAAGACCACCGGGGUGGUGAAAAGGACAUGCGUGAUUCUAGAGACACAAGGGACAGAGAUCGUGAAAGGGACUACAAAGACAAGCGUUUCAGGAGGGAAUUUGGGGAUAGUAAACGUGUCUUUGGGGAACGUAGAAGAAAUGAUUCCUACACUGAGGAAGAGCCAGAGUGGUUCUCUGCUGGACCUACAAGUCAGUCUGAAACCAUUGAGCUCACUGGAUUUGAUGAUAAAAUAUUAGAGGAAGAUCAUAAAGGACGAAAACGAACAAGACGACGCACAACCUCUCUGAAGGAAGGAAUAGAAUGCAAUGGUGGAGUGGCAGAAGAGGAUGAAGUGCAGUCUGUCCUUGCCCAUGAAACUGCAGCAGAUCAGGAAGUUCCCAGGGAAGCUGUUCUACAAGAACCAGCUCCAGGAGAGUUUGACUUCAAUGAGUUCUUUAACCUGGAUAAGAGUGUUCCUGGUUUGGCUUCGGUGAGUGAGGUUUUAGGCCAGAUGAUAGAAGAUGUGCUGGGGGAAGGUUCGAUGUCUUCUAGCAGGUUCAGUAGGUGGUUCUCUAAUCCUAGUCGUUCUGGAAGUCACUCUAGCAGCCUGAGAUCCACACCACAUGAAGAACUGGAGAGGCUAGCAGGUCUAGAGCAAGCAAUUCUCUCCCCUGGCCAGAACCCUGGAAACUACUUUGCUCCCAUUCCAUUGGAAGACCAUUCUGAAAACAAAGUGGACAUCCUUGAGAUGCUACAGAAAGCCAAAGUGGACUUAAAACCUCUCCUCUCAAGUCUUUCAGCCAACAAGGAAAAGCUUAGAGAGAGCACACAUUCAGGAGUUGUACUUUCAGUGGAAGAAGUAGAAGCUGGGCUAAAAGGCCUGAAAAUGGACCAGGAGGGGAAAAAUGCUGCUCCAUUCACGGCACAGCAGAUGGAGGAAGCCCUGAAUGUGGCUGGCUCCAGACAGCUCAAGAAAGAUGGAGAUAUGUCUGCAUUUAAUAAAUUAGUCAGCAGCAUGAAGGCAAGUGGGACUCUACCAUCACAGCCCAAGGUCAAUCAAAGCCUUGAAAGCCACUUGAUGUCUCCUUCUGAGAUCCCAGGCCAACCUCUCCCAAAGAACAUUUUGCAGGAACUUCUUGGUCCACCCAUUGCCAGACCUGCUUCAUCCAAUGUUCUUAGUGGCUUGAUAAGUGGCUUGGAACCUGCAGCAUCUUUGCUGAGCCAACGAGCACUUUCCCCUCCAAUUUCACAGGUGUUUCCAACUCGGGCUGCUUCUGCAGACUACCUCCGUCAUAGGAUCCCCUCACCAAUUGGUUUUGGACCAAGUUCUCAGCAAUUGCUCAGUGAUCCAUUUCAGGGGAUGCGGAAGUCAAUGAGCCCAAUUGCUGCACAGAUGAGUCCACUGGAGAUGCAGCAAGCUGCCUUAGAGGGACUAGUUCUAUCACAUGAUUUAGCCAUGCAGGCAGCAAAUUUCUACCAACCAGGUUUUGGCAAACCACAAAUGGACAAAAGCAGAGAUGGCUUCAGGAACAGGCAGCAGCGAGUGACUAAGUCUCCAGCACCAGGCCACAGAGGGAAUGCAUCUUCUCCAGCUCCUAGUGCAUCCAUCACUAGCAUGCUUUCUCCUUCCUUCACGCCUACCUCAGUGAUUCGUAAGAUGUAUGAAAGCAAAGAAAAAAAUAAGGAGGAGACAGUUUCUGGGAAAAUAAAAGCCAGUGAUAGUAAAGAUGAAGGGCAAAGGACACACGAAGAUAACUUACUAUCAGCUAGCUUGGUGGAGAAUGCAGAUCAAGAUCCUUCACCUGCUAUAGGUACCAAACUAGCUGCAUUGCAACGCUCUGCAUGUUCUACACCGCUUUCUCAGCCAAACCGUUGCACCAAAGAACAAGACUACAGGCCUAAAUCAACUGGCAGAAAGACUCCUACAACAGCCUCCCCUGUACCAGGGUCUCCCUUCCUUCGUCCUGUUCACCAGGUACCCCUUGUUCCCCAUGUACCAAUUGUACGACCUACUCAUCAACUGCAUCCAGGAUUGGUCCAGAGGAUGCUGGCACAGGGGAUGCAUCCACAACAUCUUCCUCUGCUGCAAGCAGGUAUGAUUCCUCCAGGGAUGGACUUGUCUCACAUACAGGGAAUAUCUACUCCCAUCCUCAGCCAGCCUUUUUAUCCAUUACCAACAGCUGGCCAUCACCUCUUAAACCCACGCUCUGGGACACCUCUGCAGCUGGCAAUGAUGCAACAGCAACUACAGCGAUCAGUUCUCCACUCUCCAGCUUCUGGAGCACAGGGAUCUGCUGUUGGUGUGCAAACCACGCCUCAGAAUGUGCCAUCUCGGACUGGACUGCCUCAUGUACACUCACAGCUUGACCAUCACACCAGCCAGAGAAGUGGUUCUCCUAUUGGCCUUGCAAAAUGGUUUGGUUCAGAUGUUUUGCAGCAGCCCCUCCCUUCCAUGCCAUCCAAAGUCAUCAGUGUAGAUGAACUGGAAUAUCGGCAGUGAGCAGUGACCUCUAGGAGGCUGGGUAGCUGUUUCUUUAGACUGGAAAAAGAGUCCUGAUAGUAUACAUUGUGCUUCACCUGUUUGUUUUGGGGCUUUUAUUUUUAGCACUCUGUGCAGAACUUCUUUUCAAGAGACUAAAGCACAUGGCACCUGUCCUGGUCUCCAUGUCUGGGUCAAGACUGAAGGAUCCAUAUGGCUUGAACCAUGAAGCCUGAAGACAUUUAGAUGCAAUACAAAGCCAGUUUAAUCCUGGAAAUGUCUAUUUUUUGUUUUUGUAAAAUAUGUGAAUGAAGUGCUGAUAACCUCUGGUGUAGAGGGAGCAGCUAAGGGUUCCUCCUGCAGAAAAUUAAAUGUAUAGACCCUUGUGUACAAACUUGUGUAUAAACAAUCUUUUGUAUAUAUACCUAGGAUAGCUUUUUUGAACCUAUACAGCUGUACAUAAGAGUAGCUGAUAAGUUGAGCUUUAGUUGUGCCUAUGGUUUGGAUCGCUCCAUUGUACAUGUGGGACUUUUGUUUAAGAUUAAAGUUGCAAAUGCCAAGUGUGUGAGUGAACAAGAUAAAGCUGAUUUCUCUUCUUGCUGUUUCUCUCAUGUCUCCCUCUCAGCACAUUUCUCCUUGUCUUAUGUAAUGUGCAGAUUCAGUGUAGCUGAAGUUGAAGUAAAAGCCCACAACUUGA